CUCUUUGUGAUAAACACCUGAAGCAUUUACAUUAGAAUGGCUUUAAAGUGACAAGUCCUGAAGUAAUUUUUCCUUCUCUCUUCUAGGGAAGCAUUUCUGUUAAUAUUUUCUUCUAGAUGCUGCAGCUGGUAAGCCUGGUGAAGUUUUAGAAGAUGCAGACUCUUUGGGCCCAGCACAGAUCCACUGGAUUCACUUCUCCAGGAGGAGGGACCCAGGCUUUUACAGAGCUUCAAGCCAAAGUUAUUGACACUCAGCAGAAGGUGAAGCUUGCAGACAUACAGAUUGAACAGCUAAACAGAACGAAAAAGCAUGCACAUCUUACAGAUACAGAGAUUAUGACUUUGGUAGAUGAGACUAACAUGUAUGAAGGUGUAGGAAGAAUGUUUAUUCUUCAAUCCAAGGAGGUAAUUCACAAUCAGCUAUUAGAGAAACAGAAAAUAGCAGAAGAAAAAAUUAAAGAAUUGGAAAUUUUUGCUCUGAUCAGUCCUUACAUCACAGGGCUCCUGUGACCUGAAGUAAUAGAUACUGGCCAGAAGAAGUGAGUUGUUCAGUGCUCAAUGUGGGCAAAGCCACACCACAGUCUAUGACCAUGCUGUGCAUGUCAGCUCAGAAGAACAAGAUCCAAACUGUUAUUUAAACCGUAAAUAGAGAUCUCCAAGUCUAUCAGAUUGACUGCGGAGCAUUUACUACCCUAAAUUCCUAAUUUAAAUACUUUCUGUUGAGUUAGGAGUUCUGGAUUCUAACCAUGCUAUACUCUAAGCCUCAGUGUCCUCAUCUGUAAAAUGAAAGGGUUGGAUUAGUAGAUAUCUAGGGUCACUUCUUUUAAGUUUAUUGUUAAAACCUUGGUCUUUUUCUGACUUUCCACUUUAGGCGCAAAAACGCCCCUCUAAAAAUGAAAAGAUAGAGGAAAGACAAAACAAAACACCAUUUUCCUGUCAUGGCCAGAUCAUUACCUUAAUUUAAAAAGUUAAUUGGAAUCCUAUUUUGAAGCUAAAACUAGUUGUCUGCGUACCACUUUGCCAGCUAAAAGGUAAUACAAGGUAACAGCAUCUCCUUUGAUAUCUUUGUAGUAGUUGGUUAAAUUACUGAAAUUGCAGGGAUGUGUGAUGGCUUAAAGGUAGUUUAUAGUAGGCAUUACCUGUUUUAGAGAUACAGUCAUGCACCGCCUAACGACAUUUCUGUCAACAACAGAUCGCAUAUACAAUGGUAGUCCCAUAAGAUUAGUACCGUAUAGCUUAGUGUAAUAGGCUAUACCAUCUAGCUUUGUGUAAGUGCAGUCUAUGAUGAUGGCCUAAUGAUGCAUGUCUCACAAUGUAUCCCUGUCGUUAAGCAACGUGUGACUUGUACUUUUGGAUAGAGCUGUGUAAUAGCUUAUUAACUCCACAUGCAUGAAUUAAAUGACAUAUCCAGGAAGACCUCAUUUUAUUUAUUUGUAGUCCUUUAUCCUAUACUGUCUUAUAAAAUACAUGAUACUUAGUGGCAAAACAUGUUCAGAAAAUGUUGAUAAAUUAUUAAAGUCCUUGAGUGUACAUGGACAUUUUUAUAAGUGGCAUCUUAUUAAAUUUUUUUUUUUAAAGAUUGGCACCUGAGCUAACAACUGUUGCCAAUCUCUUUUCUUUCUUCUGC